CCCACAGUAGCCAUGGUGUCCAUGAGUGUUCUCAGGGCUGCUGCUGCCUUUGCAGCCAGACUGAGUCCUCUGAAAUCUGGAAAUACUGCGGCAAAUCUGCUCACUCGAACAAUCCCGCGGGCAGAUAAAGUGGCCGUCCGUUGGGGUCAUGGAAAGAGCAUGUUUAUCAUCAAACCCUCCGACUACUACGACAGGAGAUUUUUGCGCUUAUUGCAAUAUUAUAUCCUGCUGACUGGUAUUCCAGUGGCUGUCCUUGUCACAUGUGUGAAUGUCUUCGUCGGUGAAGCAGAGCUGGCUGAGAUUCCUGAGGGUUAUGAACCGGAACACUGGGAAUACUACAAGCACCCCAUCAGCAGGUGGAUUGCACGGAACUUCUAUGAUUCCCCAGUGAAGGACUAUGAAAAGAUGAUGGCUGCAAUCCAAAUAGAGAAAGAGAAGGCAGACAUGAGAUUGACACAGAUGGAGGUGCGCCAACAUAUGAGGGAAAAGGGAGAUGGCCCCUGGUUCCAGGUGGCGACCAUCAACAAGGAGCUGAUUGACUACAGCCCCAAAUCCACACCUGACAAUUAAUCCAGACUCGUGUGCCGUCAGUACGUCAUACUGAUCAAUCUCACUGUUUGUAAAUUUUUUCUCCCUAUUGCAUAAAUAAAGUAUCAACUGUAAAUGUACUCUGA